CUCCAACAACAAAACAUUUCAUAAGACUCCAAACAUAUAAAAGAGGUUACUUGUUGUUUGUUUUUCACAUUCACUACAACUUUAUGCAUCAUUGAAGUUGGCCUUCGUUUUUAGUAAGAGUUGUCUGAAGUCUGCUAGGCGCUGGGACUUUUUAAUAAGUCUACCUUUAAAUGGUGCCCAAAAUGGAAGACGCACAGAAAUUGUACAUCUCUGAGUCCAAGGUCAACACACAGGCCAGAGUUUCUUCCCUUAAACGUUACGUCACAGGUUUGUACGUGCUGGUUGCUUGUCUGACCAUAGCCUUCACAUUGUCCCUUUUCUUCUGCUAUACGAAGAUCUCUCAGCUCAGCACCACAGUAGGACGCUUGGAGACUCUGGAGUUUGUCGAGGCCAGAAUUGGCGACCAAGUCCCAUCUUCUAAAUCCACUUUACACGAUGCACAAAAUAAAUCAGAUAAGGUUAACAGUUCGUCAAGAAAGAAAAGAGCCUAUUAUUCACAAGCUGAUAAUACGUACACAUAUUUAACGGCUGAUCUACUUACAUCAUACUGCAAAAAAGCCAAAGAGUUUUGUGAUGUUUCUGGACCUCCAGGCCCUACUGGACCACAAGGACCUAGAGGACAAAAAGGUGACACAGGUCCAAUCGGCCCCACGGGUCCCAAGGGAAAGGCCGGAGAUGCAGCACUGAAGGGAGAAAAAGGUGCCAAAGGAGAUGAAGGACAAACGGGUAGCCCAGGACUAUCAGGAUUAACUGGAUCUCCUGGCACACCAGGAGAUAAAGGGGCAGAGGGACAAAAAGGUGAACCUGGAGUAAAUGGACACGAUGGUAGUAAUGGUGAUCCUGGACAGAACGGUUUACCAGGACCUGCAGGUCCGGCUGGAGGUAUUGGUCCAAUGGGUUCUCCAGGACAACCCGGCGAUCCUGGACAAUCUGGGACACCAGGAAAUAACGGGUUAAAGGGAGAGCCAGGUGAAAAAGGAGAACGUGGUGAAUCGGGUACUCCAGGUAACAAUGGAGCUAGUGGCUCACCAGGUUCACCAGGACCAACGGGCAACACAGGAGAAACUGGUCCACCGGGGAACUCUGGACCAAAGGGAGAAACCGGAGACAAAGGACAAGAUGGUUCACCAGGGAAUCCAGGUUUAGAUGGCCUAACAGGCCCUGGAGGUCCGUCGGGGUCAUCUGGCCCAGCUGGAGCACCUGGUUUACCAGGAGACAUUGGACCAAAAGGAGAUGCCGGUCAAAAAGGAGAAAUGGGUUCACCAGGAUCUCCAGGUUCUACAGGAGAAGUGGGUCCAGGUGGUCCAAAAGGGGAACCUGGAGUGACUGGAGCAUCUGGUGCCCCAGGAAACCCCGGAGAUAAAGGAAAAAGUGGUGAAAAAGGUGAACCAGGCGAGAAGGGCAUUAAAGGAGACAAAGGUGGACCACCCGGACAGAAUGGAUAAAUCAGAAAAGUGCAUUGCCAAAGUAUCUAUUCAUCACUAAUUAUAUCAAAUAAAAAAUUCAAAUUCAUUUUACAUUAAAGUUAGAUAGUUAUAGAAACUCUUUAUUGUAUGUAUUCUAUGAGUCUGAUGAUUAAAGAAGAGUAUUUUUAAUAGUGCUACUCAGA